AGAAGAAGAAGCAGAAGUACUCAAUCCCGAGACUAACGCCGAGCCGUGUUGCGGUCUGCGGAGCGUGCUUGCCACACUCACAGUCGCUCACUCCCUGUGCAGCUGUGCUCCUGUCGGUUGUCGCCCCGCUUCAUCUGUCGUCUCCUCCAGUGCAGUCCCUCCUCCCCCUGUCUCCGCCCCAACUCUCUCCAGUCUCCUCGCGUCGGCAGUCGGCCUGGCAGGGCUGAAUCAAUGGCGGUCGACCCGCGGCAGGUCGUGGCGGGCUUCCUCACCCUCUCCAUGUUCGUCAUGCUGGGCAACAUGAUCAAGCACGACCACUUCUCUCCCGUCACCGAGGAGAUGGGCUUGAAGGCAACAGGUGCGCGAUCCAACACAAUGAAGCUUGAUAACAAUGCUGAAAUGAACAGUGUCGAUAUGGCUGGAGUGGAGGACCUGAUGGACACUAUCGAGGAAGUUAAACCUUGCUGGACCAAACCAAGUCCAAAAAAUCAGCCAUCUAAUGGUUUUGUUACAUUCUCCUUGACUAUGGGCCCUGAAUAUCACAUCUCACAGAUCACAGAUGCUGUGGUUGUUGCGAGGUAUCUAGGUGCAACAUUUGUACUCCCAGACAUCAGAGGAAAUGAAUUAGGAAAUAAGCGAAAAUUCCAAGACAUGUACAAUGUGGAUAAAUUCGUGAGGAGCCUAGAUGGUGUUGUCGAAGUAAUAGAUGAAAUACCUGAUGAAGUGAGUGCUAAGAAGCCAGCAGUUAUCAGAGUACCAAACCGUGUGACUGAAAGCUUCAUCAUGGACACCAUCCAGCCCAUCUUUAAAAAAAACAAGUACUUAAGACUUGCGGUCAUUUUCUCUUCAGUAAGUUUAAGGCCAAAGGAGACGAGUAACAAGGACUUGGAUGCGACUGCUUGCCUUGCAAUGUUCAGUGGCCUCGAACUGAAGCAUGAAUAUUCUGAAGUCGCCAGAAAAAUGUUGGAUAGGCUUCAAGAAUUAAGCAAGAAAUCAGAUGGGAAGGUCUUGGCAAUCGAUUUGCGGACCGACUUGCUGGAAAAGAAGAGUUGCAAGACAACCAGUGGCGCUCGAAGAAAAGGCUGCUAUAACCCUAAUGAGGUCCUGGCUUUCCUGAGGAGUGUUGGCUUCUCUGCUAAUACUACCAUCUACUUGACAGAGACAUGGUGGCACAAAGGCCUGAAUGAUCUGAAGGAGGAAUUUCCAAAUACUUAUACCAAGGAUGACAUUAUGCCAGCUGAGAACAAAGGUGAAUUCCUGAAAUCCAGCAAUGCAGACCUAGCAAGCGCUUUGGACCUUGAGAUCUGCUCGCAGAGUGACGUGUUCAUCCCUGCUGUCGCUGGCCUGUUCUACGGGCAUGUCACAGGUAAGAGGAUUGCAUCUGGUCGUACCCAGAUCAUUGUGCCUUCUCAGUCCAGCACCUCGACUCAUGCUUCAGAUUUCACCUCCACCUACAUCUCCAACAAGAACCACCUAGCCUACACAUGCUACUGUUAGCAUGCUUUUGUACUGCCAUUAAUAAGAUCAGCUGAAGUGAGCCGCAGGGUAGUGCUCUGGGUGCAUAUACAAGUACCUCUCGUUAGUCGUUAACAUGCUGUUGUACACUGGUUGAUGUUAUGUUAUGAGGAAUAAAUAUUAGCAUAUGUUGUGUGUUGUUUACUUGUUUGGAUAUUAAACUUUGGAACAACAGCAAGGAGCAUAAUGACUGCUUGUAUGCUGUAAAAUGAACCCGAGGUUAGGCGUGUGAAAAGAGUUUGCUUCA